GUAUGUGACUCUUCACUCAUCACUUCACUUCCACACACGGCAUUUGCUACGCCCUGCAUAAAACCAAGCCAAACACACCAUCCAUCACCUCCCCUCUUUGGCCCGGCAAACACCAACAAAAUCGACGGGGACGCCGCCAUCCCCGCCGCCUCGCAAUCAAACCUCCAUAGCUGCUUGCCUGCCUCACCCCCUAGCUUGCUCAAUCCCCACACACAACAGCCAUGGCUUCGAGCCAACAUGGCGCCGGCUCGUCAGGGCAGCAGCAGCAACAGCGCUCGGCGGCGGCGGCGACGACAACACAAACGAUGACGGAGAUGGUACCCACACCGCCGUCGGCCGCGACGCCUAUCCUGCGCCUGCGCGGCGCCCCCACCUCGACGGGCCGGUCGGUGCAGUGGGCCGAGGGCGUGGUCGACAACGAGGGGCUGGGGCGCAAGUCGUCCAAGGUCUGCUGCAUCUACCACGGCCCCCGCGGCGUCGACUCGUCCAGCGACGAGUCCUCGUCGGACUCCGACUCCGACUCGGACACCGACUCGGACGACUCAACGCGCGGCAACAGGAGCCAGGCAGUCGGCGGCGGCGGCGGCGGCGGUGGGAAGGGGAAGAAGAAGAAGCCGACGCGCCGCCACGCCCACAGGCACACGGACGACUGCGGCCACGGCCGCGGGAGGGACGACGGCGACGGGGGCGGCCAGGCGCGCCGCCCCCACAGGAAGCCCAGCCCUAACGCCUACGAGAAGGUGCCCAAGCCAAGGCCGCGCGCUGAUGGCGGCGGUGGCGGUGGCGGUGGCGGUGGCCCAGCGCCUGCGAGGACAUGAGAGAGGACUGGAAGCGUGCGGGCGGGCGGCGGAUCAUGUGCAGCCCAACGCAUUCCCAUCUUCCCCAUCUGAUGCCGCCCGCGUGGCAGCCAUCGUUCAUGUUGGUUUCCGCGGCGGUUCUCCAAGGUGCGCGGUUUGGAGGCAUGGAGUUUCCCUGUACCACCCUUUGUAUCACGAGACACGGCCCAGUAGAUAGAUAUACCCCUGUUUUUGUUUCUUCCUUCUUCUUCGCCUUGACCCUAUCAUUCUUCUUCUCUCUCUUCUGCUUCUUUUUGGAAGCAACCAGAGGAAAACCCGCCCAGCCAAACAGAGCGACGCAUCGGCGGCCAAGACAGCAUGUAAGGACACUGUUGAGAGUAUGAUGCCUACAUCUGAAAUGCAACAUCACUCUUGCCGAUAGUGACGCAGCAGCCAGAGGAAAAUAUGCAUUGAUUGUUUUAGUCUAGAGAGAGAAGAAAAAACACUAGAUCCGGGCCGCCCGUUUGUUCAUA